AAUUCUUCCUCGCAGUAAUGUUCCAUCUCAAGCAUAUUCCACUACUUCUGUUUCUCUUCUGUCAGAUUUCUUCUUCUUCUUCUUCAACUAGGUGGUGCCAGAAUUUCCAACAACCAGAUGCAGGAGAGCUAUAAUCCAUUCAUGCCUUCCUAUCCAGAGGAGAUUGAAAUGGGUGGCCACCCACUCCGGCUUAUGAAGAAUCCUGCUAAAACCCUGUAUUCUUGCAAGGGAUGUAAAGAGAGAGACGUGAGACCAUGUUACAAGCAUGAGGAUAACCAUUGCAACUGCCAUAUUCAUAAAGAAUGCUAUGAUUCAUUCUCCUGUGAGAAAUCCUCCAUCAUGUUCAAUCUCAGCAGUACUAAAUCCAGCUGCGACUUCAUAUUUCAUAAAGAAGCCCUAGAAGGUAAGGGAGUUUGUGACGCAUGUGGGGAUGAUGUGAAGGGGUGGUUCUACAAGUGCAAAAUGUGUAAGAAACCACAUUACUUACACCCAUGUUGUGCCAAGCUUCCAAUCAAGAAGUAUGCUGAUACCAGAGACGGGGAAAUUGUAGUUGAUCUUAAGGCGGAGAGCCCCUCAAAGUGCCUAAUAUGUGGAAAUAAGGAAAAUUCAGAUGGAUUCAGCGGUUGGUACUACACUUCCCGCUGUGGAAAAUACUGUUAUCAUUGGUCAUGUAUGAAGCAUAUGGCUCUCAAGAUGGGGAAGAAAGAUGAUGACCAAUGUAAUAAGAAACGAAGACACGAGUCUAGGAUGAGUAGCCAAGCCUUGAAGAGGACUCCUCAAAAAAUAGAUACGGUACAGCAUCCUAACCACGGUAAUCAGAAGCGAGGUCAUGAGACGGGGAAGAAGAGCGAAGCCUUGCCAGCAAGAACUCAAAACCCAGAUAAAAAACCACGCCUUGAGUCUGGUAAUCAGAAACAAGGUCGUGGGACUGGGACAAGAAGCCGAGAGAUGCAGCCAAGCCAAGAUACAAAAAAUCGCCCUCGUGUGAAGGCCAUCGGCUACAUCGCGGAGGUGGCAGUAGAAAUUCUCAAUAUUUUCAUUCCUCUCAUCUUUGGUCUACCUCCUCUGCCUUUGGGAUUGCUGUUGAAAUUGUUAAAAUGAUUGUUUUUCCUUUGUUCUUAUUGUUUCAUUGUAUUUUUGUUUUUCCUUUGUUCAUAUUGUUUCAUUCUAUUUCUUUGUAUGUAUUAGAUGUGAAGGUUACAUCUGGUUUUACGAUGGAUGUACUCUUUUUGUAAGGGACACAAAGUCACAAAAAAAAAAAAAUAGAAUUCCUUGAUUUUCUA